AUGUCCUUGAAGCGUGCCCUGCAAGAAGAUACCGCCUCAGAGCCCUUAGAAAUAAUAACGACUCUCGAGCGGCCGCUAUUCCCCUCGCUCGACACAACAAUAGUCACGGUCCAUGUCGGAAAAGAUGCCCACCCUUUCCACGUACACAGAGCACCGCUGUGCGAGUGGUCCGAGUACUUUAAGGGUGCUUUCCUAGGCCAUUUUAUAGAAGCCGAGGAGAAGGCUAUGUAUCUUGACGAUGUGACCGUGGAGAUCUUCGUUGCCUUUACAGAAUGGCUCUAUGUGAGGGCUGUCAUUCCUCAGCCAGUCGUGACAUACAGCAGUACCGAAAGGCAAAGGCGGCAUGACUGGUUCGAGGGCGGCUGGGGCGACGACGAGAGCAAUGCCAGGGAUGCACUUGAGGGUCCAGAAGAAGACUACGGAAACUGCCAUUCUGAUCUAGUUGAUUCAUUUACCGAAAAUCUGCUCAGCCUCUACAUAUUUGCCGACAAGUAUGCAAUCCCCGAGCUCAGGACAGACCUUCUCGAUACUCUGAUCCAGUGGUGCUCCUAUGCAGAUAUAACUCCAGAUAUACAAUGCGUACCCAGGGCUUUCAAAUACCUACCAUCGAGCUCCCCGUUCUGCAGAUACUUGACCGACAUAAAUGCCGCCUUUUGGUUUCCUGAGGACGACGGCAAAUCUAGCCUGCAUCCUUCCUUGCCGCAAAAAUUCCUCCUGGAGAUCAUCUCAAUCAACAGCUACCACGGCAUGGACGGAUGUACGACCAUUAACCACAUUUCCCCCGGGAGCGUGAUUCUAUGGGUCCUUGCUGGUAUCACGAGCACAAAUCAAAAGCGGAACGUCGCGCCUGCCACAGAAACUACCUAA